AUCUACCACUGCCUACAAGAACCCAUACUCUUCCAUCACCGCCUCCAUUAACCUAAACACAUAAGACUCUUCUUUCUCUCUCAAAACUACUUCAUACAAAAGCUUCUUUUCUUUCUCUUCAUCAUUCUCAUUCUUUUGUGUGAUAAUAAUACUAAGAGGGUAGGGAGUCUCUCUUUCAUUUAGUCAAGCUGGCGAUCGAAAACCAAGACUCCACUGUUCGUGAAAUCAAGCCCAAGAGCAGAAGAAUCAUGGGUGCUGGAGGCCCUGAUGAUGAGGACAACAGAUGGCCGCCAUGGUUGAAGCCUCUACUCAGAGAAAGCUUCUUUGUUCAAUGCAAGUCACACGCUGAUUCACACAAGAGUGAAUGUAAUAUGUACUGUUUGGAUUGUAUGAACGGCGCUCUCUGUUCUCUCUGCCUCGCUUACCACAAGGACCAUCGUGCUAUCCAGAUAAGGAGGUCCUCCUAUCAUGAUGUGAUAAGGGUUUCUGAGAUUCAGAAAGUGUUGGACAUCAGCGGAGUUCAGACCUACAUUAUCAACAGUGCUAGAGUAGUCUUCUUGAAUGAGAGGCCUCAGCCUAGGCCUGGAAAAGGAGUCACCAAUACCUGUGAAGUCUGCGAGCGAAGCCUCCUCGACUCUUUCAGAUUCUGCUCUCUCGGUUGCAAGAUCGUUGGUACCUCGAAGAAUUUCCAGAAGAAGAAGAAGCAAAUGACGGUAAUGGCGUCAGAUUCUGAGGAUUCAUACAGCAGCAGCAGCCAUGGUCACCGGUCAAAGAGCAAUAUUAAUAAGGUUGUUCAGAGCUUCACGCCGUCAACACCGCCCCCAACUUCCGUUAAUUACAGAACGGCCAAGCGAAGAAAGGGUAUCCCUCACCGAGCCCCAAUGGGAGGACUAAUCAUUGAAUACUAGAAGUGUCCGUAAUUUUAGUUAAUUGCACUAUCGCCCCGUAUACGAACUUAGUUUUGCCAUAAUAUCCUUCCAAUGCCCCGAGCUUUUCACUCUCUGAAGGCCGGUGUUGGAUUGGAUACCCACUACUACACAAGAAGCUUGAUUCUCACUAGCAAUGUACAUAAGACGACGCCGUUAGGGAAGUGCAAUAGAAAAGUAAAGUUGGGAAAGGUAGGAAAUAAAGACAAAUACGAAGGACUUGAAUCAUAAAAAGGUGGAAGAAAGAGGACUGAAGAAAAAAAAGUAUAGUAAGUAUUAAAGACUCCUUUAGCGUCCUAGUUUUGAGAAAUAGGUGGUGGUUUUUACUUUAAAAUAGAGUGAUUAUACAUAAGUUUUGAGUUUUAAGAAAAUGUAAAUACUGGGUUUAUUCUCUCUCUUUUCUUUUGGGGCCCUUAAUAUUAGAGAGAUUAGGGAAAGCAAAAAAAAAAAAAAAACAAUGUACUCCUUGGAAAUAGGGGAAUGUCUAUAUAUGGAAAAUGUAAUAAAAGAUUUUCAUAGUUUGUAUU